AUGCCACAUGGAGUGCAUAAGUCAAAGAGGCCAAGUGGAUACCAGCAAAGGAAAGCAAAGGAGGCAAAAAUUGAAUCAAUCAAAACUCUUGCUGGAUCCAUGCUUAAAUAUGUCAAAAGACCAGAUGAUGGCCAGGGUUCAUCAAAAGACACCACGCCAAUUGAUCAAGCUGAGUCUUCUGAUGCUUUUUUGCGAAAGCUUUCGCCAGAGGAGCAAGAAGUGGAAAUGGCAGAAUCUGAACAAGAGCAAGGAGGGGAAAUAGAAGAACUUCAAGCAGAACAGCAAGGAAUGGAAAUGACAGAAUCUGAAGCAGAAGAGAGUGCUGAAAAUCUGCAAAUUUUAUCUGAUGUGUCCUUCUGGGAGAUACCGGUUCCAGAUCAUUUUCGGGUAGAAAUUGUGAAAAGAGGAAGUGCUUCUUUCCAGAACAAAGAUGGUCCUUUUAGUGUCACAAAAAGGCCUGAUGCAAAAGCUGCUGCAAAGGGAGAAGUGCGUCAACUUUCAAAAGGAUGGUUUUAUAAGGUCAUGCCAAACGGAGAGAAAAUUCUGAGGACAUGGAUGGUUUACUCACCUGUCAGUAGGAAUUUAUACUGCUUUUGCUGCCGACUCUUUGCAAUCUGUACUACAGAUACAACAUCUAAAUUUGUCACUGGGUUUCAGAAGUGGUGGAAACUGAGCCCAAAAGUAUAUCAUCAUGAGACAUCCGAAGAGCACUUACACUGCUUAGAAAAGUGGAAAACUUUGGCAGCAGGACUGCGGCUGCAAGAAACCAUUGAUGCCCAAACUAUUUCUAUGAUGGAGACCGAUAAGAAAAAGUGGAGGGACAUUUUGCACAGAUUGCUUGACAUAACAUUGUUUCUUGCCAAGCAGAAUCUGGCAUUUCGUGGCCACAAGGAAGAUGAGUCUUCAUUGAAUAAAGGGAACUUUCUUGAGAUGGUUGAGAUGCUUUCCAAGUAUGAUCCAGUACUGAAAGAACACCUAAUUAGGUUAAAGCAGCACACCUGUCACCUUAAUGUGUCUGUCUCCUAUCUUUCGCCACAAACUCAGAAUGAGUUUAUAAGUGUCCUGGCAAAUCAUUUGAAGGAGAAGAUUGUAACGGACAUAAAGUCUGCAUUGUACUUUGGAAUCAUGUUUGACAGCACACCUGAUGUUUCACAUACUGAUCAGAUGUCUGAAGUGAUCAGAUAUGUACACAUGACCAACAGGAAAGUUGAGGUGAAAGAAGUAUUUUUAGGAUUUUUCCCUUUAAAAGGGAAAAAAGCUGCUGACCUCAGUUCGGACAUUCUUAAAAAACUUGAAAGUGAUGGCCUAGACAUAAUGAUGUGCCGCUCUCAGGGUUAUGAUAAUGCUGCUACUAUGGCUGGAAUCCAUGGAGGUGUACAAUCCAUUCUGAAGGAAAAAAACAGGAAGGCUAUUUUUAAUGGAUGUGUGGACCAUUCCCUUAAUUUGUGUGGUCAGCACUCUUUUGCUGAAAAUGCAUCUUGUGUGACCUUUUUUGGAACUCUGCAGACAAUGUUUACUUUUUUUGCUGCUUCCACCCAUCGAUGGGAUGUGUUAAUUGAGCAUACUGGAGUGUCAGUAAAAAGACUGUCCACAACACGCUGGAGUGCUCAUCAUGCUGCAGUUAAGCCAGUAAAAGAAAAAUUUGACAUGUUUGUAUUGGUACUUGAAGCACUUUGUGAACCGUGUGAAAAUCUGGACACAAGAGGAGCAGCACAAGGUCUUCUACCUGCGGUCUGUGACUUUACUUUUCUUUGCUACCUGCACUUCUGGUCUGAUGUACUGAGGGAGGUUGAUGAUGCACAGCAGUACUUGCAGACUAAGGGCUUAAGUCUCGAUAAAGUGGUGACAAAGCUUGAGACACUAAGACUUUUUCUGUGUGAAGAGCGCAGUCACCUAGUCGAAAAUGCAAUUCAGAAGGCACUUUUAAAAGCUGAUGAACAUGGAAUUGCAGUAGAGAGAAGAGCCAGGUUCAAGAAGAGGAUGGCAGGGGAACUGGCAAGAGAUUCUGGAAGCAUAAGUCUCCAAGAAGAAAAUAAGAGGGCGAUGCUUGAGUGCAUUGAUCGCUUUCAUUCGGAACUCCAGACCAGAUUAAGGGCCAUCAUGGAAGUGGCAGGCAUGUUUGAGGCUGUUCAAGCAAAGAGUCUCAUAUCUGCUACUGAAGAAGAAUUAAAGGUGUCUAUUCCAAAACUGACCAAUUUCUAUGAUGAGGUAUCAGAGAGUGAGCUGGUACUGGAGAUACCAAGGUUGAGAAGACACCUUACAGCAGCAAAGUUGGACCUAGAAGAAGUCACAGAUUGGACAGCUUUACAAGUUUUGACCUUUAUAGCGGAAUGGGAUUUUAUUGAAUCUCUCCCACACCUCUCACUUUGUCUGAAAUUAUUUCUCACAAUCUGUGUAUCUGUGGCUUCGUGCGAGAGGAGCUUUUCAAAGCUUAAACUUAUCAAAAAUUACCUAAGAUCUACAGUGGGACAGUCUAGGCUUUCCGAUCUUGCACUUUUGUCAGUUGAAAGCGAAUUAGUGCAAACCAUUGAUUUUGAUGAAGUUAUUAACAGUUUUGCGGCUUUGAAAGCCAGAAAAGCUAAAUUCUGA